AAUUUUUGAAUCAUCAUCAUUCUACGUGGAACGGCGUUUUCAACACUAAAUCCAUCAUAACUAUCGACACAGAGGGCUGGCAACGGCCAGACCCUGGGACUUAAUUUUGCUGCCGACUCUCUAUCUGUAGACUUACUUUUCACCCUCACAAAUGCCGAUUCCGCCGAGUUCUCCGUGCUCCUUUUGCUGCUUUUGCUCCCGCCACCCCGGACAGCUAUGACGAGCACCGCGUCGUCCCCGUCUGCUGCACCACCACACAGCAUCGCCAGCUCCAACAUCGCCACUCCACAGCAUCAACAGCAUCAGCCCGAGGCGUCAACCAACACAACUGACCACUCUCAAAAGGACAAUGGAAAUAACUAUAUGCUUCUUACCGAAUCCGCGGCGAACGCCAACCAGAAUUCGGAGGAGGCUGCACCCCCUGCCAAUCAAGCCGAUGGCAAGAACCAGGGCAAGCACGAUGCACCCGAGGCAGACAGCGCUGAGCGGCCGUCAAAGCGACGCCGUGUGCGCGAAGCAACACCCCCGCGGUCCAUACGUCGACCCAAGCCGGAAUCACCCCCUUGGAAGAAGGUUGAGGCCGAAGGGCCUACUACCUUUCUCGAGGAUGGGAAACGAAGAUCCGGGAGGACCAACGCAUUACCUCUCGAGCUACAGCCUCCGAGUGCAAGAAGAGUGACGAGGGGCGCUAGGAAUGUCGCACAGUAUUCUCCCAGCUCAAAACCUGUGAAUACAAUACAAAAGCGCCUAUCUACCACGCCUCGACCAUCCACCAAGCAGCCACCACCCCCUGCGUCUAGGUCGAGCGCGCGCAAAUCGCUGUCAAAUACUCCAAAGCCGUCAACCAAGACAAAAUCCGUCGCUGCUCCUUCCAAACCUCUAGUAGAAACCCCAAAACGCGCACUUCCCACUCGCCGAAGCUCUAGAACGCGAAGAGACAGCACCGAUAUCCCUGCUCGAGCUCCCGAGCCUCUAGAAAGCCCACCAUCAUCGCGCACUACCAGGAUUCGCCUGCGGGUUAAGACUAUAGCUAUGCCCAUUGUUCAUCCUGCUCAAGUGAAUGUUUUUCCCGGCCAGACGAUCCCUCGCCCAAAAGUAGCAUCGUCUUUCAACGAAUACAUAGCCCAGGCGCCAACUCUCGAUGUACGCGAUGGCGGCUGGAUGGAUGCUACCGAUGACGGGCCCCCAUAUACCCAAGAGAUGGCCGAGAAGGAUGCCCGGAUCAUAUUGAGAAUUGAAAAGGAGGUCGAACCAGGCGGACUGCUUAGCGAGGGGCGAUCAAGCCUUUUUGCACCUGAUCCUGUGGAGGAGCCGCCUCGGCAAUGGGCGCAUAUGGACCAUCUUGUUAAGCAAAUGGCCAACUUUCGGAAAUUAAUGGUGAUAGAGCAUCAUCGCCACAAAGCCACGGCAAAAAAGUUGGCUGAAGCCUGCAGAGAUGAGUGGCUCCGUCGUCAGCCUAAGACAGCCGAGGAGAUUGAAGCCGAAGCGCGAUCAGAGUGUAUUUCACACUAUAAAAUUGUCGUUAGGGCUCUCGUGGGUACCUGGGACAACGUCAAGACCGAAAUCAAUCGUAAGCGGUUAGAGGAAUGGGAAGCUGCUGAACAGAGGCGAGUAAAAGCCGCUUUGAAUGAAGCGGUGAGUAUGUCGGAGCUAAAGCUUCAAGCCCGGCGGACUCACGUUGAUUCUGAUAUGCUGUCUGAUGAAGACGAAGAGGAGGAAGAUGAGGAGCUCGAGGGCUCCGAAGAUGGCGACGACGACGAUAUGGAUUUGGGCCCUAAUCGAGAUUCCCAGUCCAAUGCUAGCUCCGCCAAUGACGAGGACAAUAUGACAUCAUCCGAUGAUGAAGAAGACUUGAAGUCUACGAUAUCCGACGAAGGGUUAACACAAGAUCAACUUCGGCAGAAAUAUGCCAAUAUACCUGAUCUUUCAUCCCCUGAGGCUGGAGAGGGAAUGCAAACUGAAGAUCCUGCCGAUACGACAGAUGAGUCGGUCGACAUGGAUGAUGACACUACUUCUAGUGACGAGAGCAUGCAAAGUGCGGAUGAGAGUGAUAACGCUAGUGAUGACGAAAGUUCUGAUGAGGAGGCAUCGACUGGCCUUUUAGGGCUUUUCUUUGGCAAAAAGGAGCUGAAGAAUUUGAAAGAUGACGCCGGUACGGAUGGCAGCCAGCCCGCUCUUGCCGACUUGCCCGCAACAGAAGUAACGGAUCCGGCAGCAAACGAUACUAAUAUAGAUAUCACGCAGAACUUGGAGGAUGACAAGAUUUUGUCGAUGAAUAACGCCGACAUCGCUCCUCUGCUUCCCCCGGUUAAUCACAUUGGAGGUGAGCAGAAAGGAGAACCUCCAGUAACAGACGCAUGCAAUGGUGUAUCAGCAUCUGUCACAGACUCAUCUUCUAGCGCGGUUGUCUUUCCCUGUGGCCCUGACAUAACUAAUCGCCCAGAGCCUUCAGCUGUUACACCUCUCUCACUACAACCGCGCGAUGGUGAGCUAAAUGUAGUUGAUGCUGUUGAGUUUGUGAGUAAGAGCGGGAGCCAUCCGCGAGCAGAACUUUUUGUGCAGAAGCAGCCGACAGCAGCAGCAGUUCCUAGUAUCGAGCCUGUGCCCGUUCAAGCAGAUCGGCCGCGACCUAUAUCAGAAACAGAUGCUAUUACCAAUUCUAUUAGUCGAGAUCGUACACAGUCGCCUCGGACUUCAGAGACCAAACCCUCAGACGUAGAUACAGCCUCGUCUGUGACGAAGUCAGGUGUGAGCAGGUCCACGACACCCCCUUCACGAGUGCCCAAGACUGAGGUUCCGUUCUUGUUACGGGGAAGCCUACGCGAGUAUCAGCAUUAUGGGUUGGAUUGGCUUGCGGGUCUUUAUAAAAACCAGACGAAUGGGAUUCUGGCUGACGAAAUGGGUCUUGGUAAAACGAUCCAAACCAUUGCUUUAUUAGCACACCUUGCUUGUCACCAUGAAGUGUGGGGACCUCAUCUUGUUAUCGUUCCUACAAGUGUUAUGCUGAAUUGGGAGAUGGAGUUCAAGAAGUGGUGCCCUGGAUUCAAGGUCCUUUCAUACUAUGGUAGUAUCGAAGAGAGGAAACGAAAACGUCAAGGCUGGAAGACAGACGACAUCUGGAAUGUGUGUAUCACGUCUUACCAGAUUGUCCUCCAGGAUCAACAGGUGUUCAAACGACGCCAGUGGCAUUACAUGAUCUUGGAUGAGGCGCAUAACAUCAAAAACUUCAAGUCAAAGCGUUGGCAGACACUAUUAGGCUUCAAUACCCAAGCACGACUCUUACUUACCGGGACACCGUUGCAGAAUAACCUGACGGAACUCUGGUCGCUUCUAUUCUUUCUGAUGCCGUCAGAAAAUGGAGUAGGGGGCUUUGCGGAUCUGGCCGAGUUUCAGGACUGGUUUCACAAACCAGAGUCCCAAAUCCUUGAAAGUGGCCGCGAACAGAUGGAUGAUGAAGCACGUGCCAUCAUCGCGAAGCUGCACAAAGUUUUAAGGCCGUAUCUACUCAGGCGACUGAAGGCAGAUGUUGAGAAGCAGAUGCCAGCCAAGUAUGAACACGUGGAGCUAUGUCGCUUAUCACGACGUCAACGCGAGCUGUAUGAUGGCUUCCUGGCUCGAACCGAUACGAGGGAAGCACUUGCAUCAGGGAAUUAUAUAUCCGUCAUCAACUGUCUCAUGCAGCUGCGUAAGGUCUGUAAUCAUCCCGACUUAUUUGUCGAGCGGCCUAUCAUGACGUCUUUUCGACAACCCACAUCCGUUGUCUCUCAAUUCGCAAGCACAGAGGCCCUUCUCCGCUGGAAAUUUCUUGGGCAACCUUCUAUGGCUGUGCCCAACCUAGGUUUCCUCAACUUGAUACCGACGCAAUAUGAAAAUCUAUCGGCAACCGUUUGUGACCGUAUCUUCGAGCUCAGUUCUGACAGAACUUUCCUCGAACUUCAGGAAACCCAAACUGCCCGCGCCCAAACUGCUGAGACAACAUUUGAUCCUUCAACCGUCGAGUCGAAUAUCGCAUAUAUUGAUACACUAGGUCGAAUUGGUCGCCUGGAUGAACUGCGACAUUGUGUAUAUGUGAACGGUCUCCGUCGGCAGCAGCAUCCUAUAUACGGAAAACGACUCACUGAUUUUUUAACGUUGGAUAUCAAUCGACGGCCAUUCAAGCCACGUCCCAAGAUACCCCAGAAGAUAAUGAGUUGGUUCGAAGAGGAUUCACAGGCUCUACGAUCGAUCGUACCUACUCUAGAUGAACGUUCUGCCUCAAUGAGAGCCGUCAUCUCCAAAUUUGCGUGCAUUACUCCCGCGGUUGUAACAAGGGACCUUGAUCAAUUUGUUUUAGGCUCAAAGAAGAUCGAGGUGCUUGGCGAUAUGAGUCUUACAUUAUCCACUCCGGUUCGCUACUCUCCAUUCAUGCCAAAGCAGCCUCCACUCGAUCCAUGGCACGAGUCACGCAUGAGGCUCAGCAUCCAAUUUCCAGAUAAGCGCCUUUUACAGUAUGAUUGUGGUAAGCUUCAAGUGCUUGAUCGGCUGCUACGCAAGCUUCAAUCCGGUGGCCAUCGAGCCCUUAUCUUUACACAAAUGACGAAGGUUCUCGACGUCUUGGAACAAUUCCUAAACAUUCACGGACACAAGUACCUCCGACUUGAUGGCGCUACGAAAGUGGAACAACGUCAGAUCUUGACAGAUCGGUUCAACCACGAUCCCCGCAUACUUUGUUUCAUUUUGUCGACACGAUCUGGCGGGCUAGGAAUCAAUCUCACAGGAGCUGAUACCGUUAUCUUUUACGACCAAGACUGGAACCCGGCCAUGGACAAGCAGUGCCAAGAUCGAUGUCACCGUAUCGGACAAACUCGAGAUGUGCACAUCUAUCGGCUUGUGAGUGAACAUACUAUCGAAGCCAACAUUCUGCGGAAGGCGAGUCAAAAGCAAAUGCUAGACGAUAUCGUGAUUCAAGAAGGAGGCUUCACUACCGACUACUUCAACAAGCUGUCUGUGCGUGACGUGAUAGGUGGUGCCACGGACGAGGCCGAUGUUGUCGGAGAUGCGAUGGACCGCGUUCUUGGUCGUGUAGAAAAUGCCGAUCAACGCACUGUCGGCCGUGUAUUAGAGCAAGCUGAGGACCGAGAGGAUGUUGCCGCCGCUCAUGUGGCCGAGAAGGAGAUUCACGAGGAUGAAGCGGAUUUUGCCGAGAAGCCACCAACAACCAAUGUAUCGGGAGCCUCGAGCACACGGCAGGGCACGCCUGCUGCACAAGACGAUCAUGGGGUAGGACGAUCAAAUCUUGGUUUGUUCUCCGAAUCGGCCGAUGCAGAUGAUUCAGCGCAGGAAAUUGAGAUGAACGCAUGGGGCAAAAGAAUCCACACCAUUGAUGACUAUAUGCUCGCAGCAAUGGGCAGGGAGCUUGAGGGCACGGCACUUGAACUCCCCAAAGACAAAAAGAAGAGUAAAAGCAAGAAAGGCAAAGACACGCGGAAACGUUAGGCUUGCGAGUCUUUCCUAUGUCAUACUUCCAGUGUAUAUUACUUAUUUUACUUCGCCCUCAACUCGUUUUAACUUUCUAUGUAAUUGUAGAUAUUGCUACGGGAAACGGCACCUGGGCUCAGCCACAUCCGGUAAUCAUGCCCCGUCGACUACUAGAGUACGCGUUUACCAUGGCUUUGAGAGCGUUGAGAGUUAGGCGCUGGGUCAGUAUCGGAGUUUUUGCAUGGAUAAAGGCUAGCAUAUUUUAAAUGAGGUAUAUAAAAAGGCGGGCUCUCUGGAGUGUCUUCAUAUUAUAACAUUCCUCCUAUCACAACAAUACAAGCACGCAAAAGCAGCACGCCCGAUGACCAUCGCGCGCAAAUUAUAGCGUUCAA